AUGUCAAGACAAGCAUUAAUUAAUAGAAUAACCAAUGAAACCAAGAUUCAAAUUGCCAUUAACUUGGAUGGUGGUAAACUUGAGUUGAAAGAAUCAAUUUUCCCAAACAAAUCAGUAGAAGAAGAACAUGCUAAACAAGUUUCUGGAGGUCAAUAUAUUAAUGUUCAAACAGGUAUUGGAUUCCUUGAUCAUAUGAUUCAUGCUUUGGCCAAACACUCAGGUUGGUCGUUAAUUGUUGAAUGUAUUGGAGAUUUACAUAUUGAUGACCAUCAUACUGCUGAAGAUGUGGGGAUUAGUUUGGGUAUGGCAUUUAAAGAAGCAUUAGGACAAAUAAAAGGUGUCAAAAGAUUUGGAAGUGGGUUUGCUCCAUUGGAUGAAGCAUUAAGUAGAGCCGUAGUGGAUUUGUCAAACAGACCAUUUGCUGUUAUUGAGUUGGGAUUAAAAAGAGAAAAAAUUGGUGAUUUAUCAACUGAAAUGAUUCCGCACGUUUUGGAAAGUUUUGCUGGUUCCGCACACAUAACUAUUCAUGUUGAUUGCUUAAGAGGAUUUAAUGAUCACCACAGAGCUGAAAGUGCGUUUAAAGCUUUGGCAAUUGCUAUUAAAGAGGCUAUUUCUAAAACUGGUAAAGAUGAUGUUCCAAGUACUAAAGGUGUUUUAUAUUAA